UAAAAAAAUCCAAAAAUAAAGGGGGAAAGUAUAAAUCUUGCCCUUCAAAAAAAAGAAAAAAAGAAAAAGAAAGUAUAAACCUUGCAGUUGUCUGUGCUUCCCGGUUCCCGCCCACUCGCCCAGUUGUUUCACUUGUUUGUAAAGUAAAUUGAGGGAGAUUUUUCUGGUAAAUUGUGAAGAAAUGGCGAGAGAGAAGAAGAAGAAGGCGGAGAAUCAAGAUGAAGAAGAAGCAAACCCAGAGUUAGAAGAGCGAAAGAAACUGAAGAAACUCGCUUACUCUAACAAUAUUCUUUCACAAACUCCUGCGAAAGUGUUUACCCCUCUUACUCCCUCCAAAACUGUUAUUAAACACCAUGGCACAGAUAUUCUCAAGAAAUCCCAGAGGAAAAAUCGUUAUCUCUUUUCAUUUUCUGGCCUUUUUGCCCCUAUUUCUGGGGGUAAAAUUGGUGAACUCACUCAUUUGGGUUCCAAAAACCCCAUCCUUUACCUUGAUUUUCCCCAGGGGAGAAUGAAGUUGUUUGGGACGAUUGUAUAUCCGAAAAAUCGUUACUUGACUUUGCAGUUUUCUAGAGGUGGCAAAAAUGUCAUGUGUGAAGAUUGCUUUGAUACGAUGAUAGUAUUUUCUGAUGCAUGCUGGGUUGGGAAGAAAGAACAAAAUCCAGAUGAAACCAGAUUGGACUUUCCGAAAGAGCUAUAUGAGAGAACACAUCUGGAGUCUGAUUUUGAAGGUGGUGCUGGUGCAACUGCUAUGAGAAGCAAAAAUUUGAAGAAAGUAGUUUCCAAGUCUACUGAAGAAGAAUCUCUACCUGGAUCACCAGUUGAUGAGAUGGAAGCUGAAUUACCUGAAAGGUGUCAAAAACCCAAAGAUGUGGAGUACAGCACACCAGUCCGGCAAUCAGGGAGGACCACUGGCAAGACAUUCAAUUUUGCUGAAGUUUCUUCAGGAGAUGAUUCUGCUGACAGUGUCAGUGAUAUGUCUGGAGAAGUGAACAAAGAAGCUGCUAAGAGUUUCAAGUCACGCCCAGUUGAUAUCGAGAGUCCAGUGGAGAUACACAGCUCUGAAGACACAGCACAAAAACCAUUGCCUUCUUUGUCAAGUUCUGGAACUAAGGGAUCUUCUUGCACUUCACUUGUCCAAGCUACUAUAUCAACUCUUUUCAAAAAGGCUGAAGAAAAGAAUACAUCCGGAAAAUCGACAAAGGCAACUUUGCAUAAAGUUUCUAGUGAGAAGAUGCAGCUGAGUAGUUCAAAAUUAAGUAACAAAAAAGUGAAGACUACAGCGCAGAAGAAAGUGGAAAAUAUCUUACAAGACAAAACACCAGGGGUAAAAAGUGAUAGAAAAAAGCGGAAAGCUGAGCUAGCGGAGGUUGAAGAUGAUAUCGAGGAUUCCUCGAGUGCCUCAGAGGAGAUUGAUGGAAGCGAUGACGAUUGGCAAGCUUGAAAUAUUUGCUUUGUCACCUACUAGCAAUAGCAUUGUUGGCAGCUUCAUGUGUACAGGAUGCCAAGGCAUUUAUGUUAGACAUCAACGUUAGAAUUUCAGAAGGUGCAUUAUGUAUUCUUUACAAUUGGAAGAUUGACGAUAUCUUGAUAAGCAGGCAUUGAGCAAUUUUACACUGUGCAAUGCCAAUGAAUCAGUGAAGGGGAUAUUCAUCUUACAGAAGAUGGUGGUGUAUCUGGAAAUUAGCUCUGUAGUCUGUUGGGACUUUACCCUUUUAGAACUUAACAAGGGCCUAUCGUAAAUUUUAAAAAUCUUAAAGAGGAUAUUAUUUAUCUUAAAGGUGGCCAUUUCUUAGUGUUAGACUACACAUUUUUUUUAAAAAAAAUUGCCUAACUUCUUGGUAUUUUGUAUACUUUUUCUGACGGGAUUUUUUUUUUAAUUAUUAAUGUUGUACUUCCUCUAUUUCCUAAUAAAUGCAUUAUAUCGACUUUUUGCA